AUGAUGUUGUUCCCUACCACGAAGCGCUCUCAGACUGCUGCCCUGACCGUCUUCGCCUUCGUCACCGUCGCCACAGCUGCGGACUCGGCCAGCAUCGCCACGGGCUUGUCGUCGGCGUGCCAGAGUGCGGUCGUGAGCUUGCUCGGCUCAGACUUUGUAAGUCAGAUUUGGAGGUUGUCGAGUAUUCUUUCCAGCAUCUGUACCUAUCCUCUGAGUCUUGGGAUACCACUCGAACCCGCAACCUAUCCUCUCGUGGACUCGCUGCCGGACGCGGACGAUCACGUCGCGUCGCGGCAAACACGCUGCCCAGCAGUUCCGUCGUCCGUCGUCCGCCGUCGUCAUGCAACAAGCGUUUGCGAACAAGAGCCGUAAGCCGAGCACCACGCUGACCUGUGACUUCAUUGUCUGUUUACAGGGCACUUGUGCUAGUCUUACCGGUCUCGUGGCCGUAGCUACGACCCCGGGCAGCAUCAUCACCCCAGGUACGCAUCUUCCAAGCCUUCCGAUCUGCCUGCCCGUCGGAUUCAGGGCUUCACAGUGCCGCGAGUGAGAUCGUGAGACGAGACUGUCGCAGGCGCACGAGACUGACCACUGCGCGAUCGCCGCCCCUUGGACCCCUUUCAAAGUCAACACUUGGCUGGAAAACGUCUGCACCAAGACUUGCAAUUCAACGACGCUCGUUAACGCACAGAAGACCGUCUCUACGGGGUGCACUACUGACAUCUCAAGCGGUGUCACAACGGCCGUGGCACUGCAAGCGGUGAGUGGGGGUGGGGGGUGGGGGUGGGGGCCACUUGAUGUGACCAGCCUGCGCGCACCUAGCGUGCAUUCGGGGGGAACGACAACUGAGUGAUGCCAUCUCCGGAACUCCAUAGGCCAUCGCGUCGUACCCGACUUUCAGGUCUGCUGCCUGCAUCGAGUCGACGUCCAACUCGACCCUCUGCCUCACGCAGCUCUUGACCGAAAUUCAAGCCGUUAGCGGCAACCUUACGAUAACCGAGGUGCUUUCGCUCACCUCGAAUCUGACCUCGAUCGAAAGCCUGUCGACUGCCGAAGCAUGCUCCGACUGCAACAAGGCUCUUUUCACCACCCUCGAACCCGUCAUUACAAACGCCUCGGGAACCGCGUCCUCAGAGUUGAGGGCGGGGCUUUCGUCCAAGUGCGGUGCCACUUUCGUCAACGGCAUGAUGCCGUCGUCCGUCAGCACCACCACUGGCAAUGCCACCACCGGUUCCGGCGCGACCGCGAACGGAACCACCUCCACCACGAGCACUUCUCUCAGUGCAGGCAAAGGCUUGCGCCUUACGCCCACCGAACUUCUGGUCGCCGUUGUGGCCCUCGGCCUGGGCACGGCCGCUCUUGCUUAA